AUGGUAGCUAUGUUCUCGAGGUUAGUGUUAUAUCCAGUCUCGACCAACGGUCGCCGAGAACAGGUUUCUGCGAGGACUGGUGUGUCCGGUCCCCUAGUAUCACCUCCGGUUACAUUUACUGCAGAAGCAUUACCAGUGAGGUGGGUAAGAGCAGAAGAUCCUGCCGGCUAUUACUUCCUUCGCUACUCGAUCGUAGCACUGCUCUAUACACCGGCACUAAGCCGGUCUAUCCGCCCAAUGACGAACGGCGAAAUCGAUCGGUCUCAGUCCGGCUCCAGGAAGAUUGUCCUUGCCAGAGGUAAGGAGCUGUCAUCCUGCCUGGAGUCACGGUCAGAUCGUCUUGUCUUUCGGGAUGUCAUCUUGUCCCCAGCUUGCAUUUCAUCUUGUCCUUUGGAUAGUCCGUUAUAA